UUUUUUUCCUUUUUCACUCCAUUUUAUUACAUUUUACUAUUGGUCUCAUUUGAUGGCGUCCGGUCGCGUUUAAAGAUUUUUUUACGUUUUAUUGACCCCUAGAACCACGUACACGUCCACCUACAUUUGUUGUUAAUAAUAUAAUUCCAUUACUGGGCGGUGAAUUUCCACAGAUAAUCGGCAUUGAUGGUAAUGCAUGCGAGGAAACUUCAAAGGAUUAGUGAUGGGUAUUAUGACAAAAACCCGUCCCAUCAGUAUCAGAAUUCCAAAUAUUUAGUUUCAAAAAAUUCUAGUAGUGACCAAAAGUAUGGCAGUGUUAGGGGAAAUGGUACCUCGUAUCCAAGUCCUGGUCGAGGAAGUCCAUCAAGAGAUCGAUCAUACUCUAGCAAAAGUUCAUAUCAUUCACAAAAAAGUCACAGAGAUAAGGAGAGAGAUUCUCGAGACUAUAAAUCUAGGAAUAGUGAUAAAUAUUCUGAUUAUAGUAGGUCACCAAAAGAUAGACGAAGUAGAGAUGAAUAUAGAACAAACCACGAUCGGAUUAGUCCGGAAAAAAUGGUUGUUCAUUCUGUGAAGUGGUCAAAUUCUAGGGAUUCUAGAGAUUCUAGAGAAUCUGGUCAACGAAAAGUUGUUCAUAGCUCUUGUCAGAGUAGCAGCAGUAGUAGUAAUAACCGCGAAUCCAGGUCUGGCGGAAGUUCAACUGUUACUAAAGUUGGUGAUUGGUCUGAACAUACAAGUUCUUCAGGGAAAAAAUACUAUUAUAAUUGUAAAACUGAAGUAUCUCAAUGGGAUCAGCCAAGGGAAUGGUUAGAAGCUUAUCCAGCAUCUCAACCUUCUCGAACACAAUACCACCAUGACAAACAUUCCAAUAACUCUAUGAUGAGAUCAUCAUCAAUGAGCAAUCAUGUGAACAAAGUUUCACAGCAAUCCUCUCAACAACAAGUUAAUUGUACAAGUAGACCAACUCACCAUCAAAAAGAUGCUUAUUGGAAUCAAAUGAGAAGUAAUAAUCUUCCAAUAAAUGUUACGCAAUCUCAUCAUGUAUCUGAGUGUAAUGUAGAUAGGCUUGAACAGGAUGGACCAACAAUAAUCAAUUCCUGUGAUUCAUCACAAACACAAGAUAUGGAAUUGUGUAGUGGUGAUAGCACUCCUACUUCAGAAAAGUCAUUUCAACUAUCAAAUGUACCUGCACAAAGGCAUAGUUCUUCUACUCCUCAAUCACAAGUUAAAGGUGCUGAAGUUAAUAGUGAACCAUGUGAAAGAACAAAUGUUGAUGUUGGAUCAACAACACCGCCAUUAUCAAAUAUAACUCAGAAUUUAGUUGAUUCAUCAACAUCCAAUAAUGUUACUGAACGAAGUCCACCCACUCCUGCAAGCACAGAAACUAAUAACACCCAAGAAGUUAAAGGGAGUCCUGUAACAAGCCAUGCAGAACAAGUUGCCCAAGUCAACAAUGUAAUGAGUUACAGACAACUUGGAACAACAACAUCUCCAGUUAUGUCUAAUUUAGUACGGGAUGAUUUAACAUCACACGUUAAAACUUGGCCAGCUGAUAUUUUAGCAAAACAGGCGCAAAAAUUAAAUGAAGAAGCCCACAUAUUAGGAAGUGUACACUGUUCACGUGUAUCUGCAGAACUUAAAUAUGCAAGAUCUAUUGUUCGUUUGACUGAAGUUCAAGCAUCUUUAUUAGAACACAAGGUGUUAUUUUUACAGCAACAAAUUAAAACUUUAGAAAAAUUAAAAUCUGAAAAUUCGUUUAUGGGUGAAGGAGAUGAAGGAAGGAUGACUUAAAUAUAUUAUGAUUUUAGGACCCAACUACUAAUGCAGUUUUCUAUCAGAUCUCAGCGUUAUUAUUAUUAAUUCUAUGUAAAAAAAAAAAAAAAAAAAAAAAGAAGAA